AUGCCGAACACCCUGUUGGUUAUUCGCCUUCGUUACUUCACGGCAAGAGGGAGCAUCAGCAGCAGCAUCGACUGUUCAGCAGCGUCGCGUACAGCCCAAGAAACAGGCGCACCGCAUCGAGUUCCGAAGAAACAGCUGGCCAGCAUUUUCUUCUUCGGGACGGCACGUGAAGACUUCCAUCGAGUUCGUCGGUUCUUCCACGGCUUCAUCACGGAUCGUCCACUUCACGUUCUACACGCUCUAUCUACAAGCUACCCUCAUCAUCCACCCGAUCCAGCGGGAGAUUUCAACGUUCCGCAUUUUUCUGCGGAGUUUUUUCUAGAAGAAGAGCGCCUGGGUUCGACGGAACACCAGGACGACGAGUUAAUCACACCGUCUUUCGGCAAGUUCUUCAGCAGCUUCGCCACUACAUCGGGACGU